GAGGCUUCGUAUGAAAUUUUAGACUCUGUGGAGGACGAGACUGCGACAGAAGAACCGGUCGUUAUGACGAGAUCGACCAGAGGAAGAAAGGAAAGGACGACUAAGAAAGACCAAACAAGAAAAGAGGACACACCGACAAGAAGGAGGCGCACUCCUGCCAGAGAAUCACAGGAAAAAACAACGAAGAAAGAGAAGAACGCUUCUCCAAAAGAGAGCUCACCAACAAAGAAGAGUGACAUCCCUGCAAGAGAGGAAAUAGAUGAGGAUGCGACCUAUGAAAUAUUAGACUCUGUGGAGGACGAGGUUCUGAAGGAUGACCCGCCCACUACRGGAGGAAAAGGAAAGAGGGGAAGACCAAAGAAAGCAGUUAAAUCAACUAGAAAAGACAUCGUAACACUGAAGGGGGACAAAGAUGCAUCUGAAAAAGAGGCUGAUGAAGAAAAGGUGUCAUAUCAGAUUCUUGAUGCUGUGGAGGAUGAGAUGGUCGACGAUGGCCCUCCUCCAGRAGAGUCACCCAAAAACAAGGAGGAGGAGCCUGUGUAUCAGAUUGUAGACUCUGUGGAAGAUGAUCAAGUUCAGGAAGAGUUGACCACCGAGGUGUCCGAGGGAGGGACGAAGGAAACGAGUAAGACAAAAGAUGAAACUCGUCCAAAAGAGGAGGCACCACUUUGUAGUGCCAUUGUUUUGGAAGCAUCACAAAAAGUGUUCCCAGAGGAUUUAGAAAGUGGAAAUGAUCCAUCUUGUGCAGAAGAGUCUGGUGUGAUGAAGAAGGAAAAAUCACCCAAAAUAGACAUCAAGAAAGAAGAUACAUCUGCAAAACAGUCCCAAGGAGAUGUCGCAACUCCAGCAGAAGAGAAGAACCAGCAACCGUCCGGUAAAAGUGACACAGUAGCUGUGGAAAGUGUUCUGCUGAACCUGGAUGAAGUGAGCGAUGAAGAGGACGAUUACCCUGAAGACACAGCCAAGGUGGAAGAAUUGAGAGAGAGGCAAGCUGCUGUUAAAGAGAAGCAGCUCGCCAAGGAGCAAGAGAGGAAGACCAGGCAGAAAGAUGGGAGGGAGCAGAGGAGUCGGAGUGGGAGGUGGAAGGCGAAGGAAAGGGGAAAAGAGAGGGACCCCAGAGAGCUGGUGACUCUGGAUGAGGUGGGAGCAGAUGAGGCAGGGGAAGGAGCGGUGGCACAGUGUCGAGAGCUGGACGUUGAGAUCACAGCAGGAGAACUGCAGGGGCUCGUCACUCUGGAUGAAAUCGUAGAAGCAGCGGAGGGAGAAGUUGAGGAAGGAACGUUGGAGACCCGCCCACCCAUCAAAGAGGACCCCGCAGUGGAGGCUGUGGAUGAAGCAGGUGACGAUGAGGAGGGGAACAAAGAGGAAGCUGAGAAAACCUCCAGACCUGUGAAACGCAGAAUCAAUGACGAUACAGAGGAGAGUAUGAAGUUUGUGACGGUGGACGAGGUGGGAGAGGUGGAAGAGGAGGAGGAGGAGGAAAAGAAGGAAGCUCCCAGGACAAGAGGCCGACCCAAGAAGAGAACCAGAAAGAUGCCUGUGAGAAAAUCUACCAGAGGGAAGAAAGUUGUUGCAAAAGAUGUGAGAGAAGAACAACAGGAAUCAGGCUCUGAAGCUCCACCUCCCACUUCUCUCGACGCCUCGUCGUCAUUGCACAAAGAUCCAUCAACGUUAUCGGGUGACACCCAGGGAGAGGUCCAGGAGGCAGAGGUAGAAGGAGCAGGCCGUUCGGACAUCGAUGCUGCCUCUGCUGGGGAGGACCUGCGGCCUGAGCCCCCUGAGAACCAGAGGCCUGAAGGAGAGGAGGAGAUAGAAGGACGGUGCACGGAGGACGUUAAAGUUCCGAGCAAAAGGAAGGGGGAUCUUGUCGGACCUGAGGCAAAGAGAUCUCGCUCUGUGUCUCCCUCCAUGUCCACCGACAUCAAACUGCCACCAUUCAGUCCCAGCAGCCCCGUCGGUCCAGAGUUUCUGGUCCCCAAACUGGGGUACUUCUGUAAUCUCUGCCAUGUUUUCUGCCUGCACGAGAGCAGCGCCAAGGACCUGCACUGUAGCAGCCAGACACACUACGACAAUCUGCAGAAGUACUACCAGAAGCUUCAACCUGAACCCAGAAAAGGGUCAACGGAAAAUCCUCAAGCUUCCUUUUCUGAUUGAUCCAGACUUCAGCUGCUGAUCUUUUUUAGUAUGGUUGGUCCACAGAGGAGAUUUAUGAACUUUUUGAGUUACAGGGAAGGUUUCUGAUUAUUGGAGGUUUACCUGGCACUCUGAUGAUUUACAUUAAGCUGUUGCACUAUCCAGGGCAUAUAUGAUGAUAUUAAUUCACAUGUUCAUUUAUGAACUGUUUUUGGAAAUGUGAUUAAAGUUUGGUCCGGUUGACCUUGAAUCGUUGAAUGAUUGAGCGGUGCGAACAUCAGUUUCUGGGAAAUCUUUGGGACGAGGAUUUCUGGGCAAAGAGAUGCUUUUUUCUUUUACUCUGAAAGUUCUGGUGCAUUCAAGUCAUGUUGGAAGAAUCAGAAAACCAAGAUAUUAGCAGAAACCAUGAUAACAAAUAAGGUUUUUUUUUUUCCUACUGUCGAUGUAUUUGAAAGCUCUGAACAAUAAAACUCAACUUUUUUUUUU